AUGUGUGUCGGUGACAUAUUAGGAAUGUGCCUUGGUCCAAUAGCAACGUGCACCAAAUAUCUAUGUGGUGCUCUAGGACUGGGAUUGGUAUUUACAGCAGGGGCAGUUGGAAUAGAUUUGACGGCAGAUUGGCCAAUUAUAUUAAUAAUUCUUGCAUCAAUAUUAGCAUUAAUAUGGUGUAUAAUGGCAUACUUUGGGGGAUUAUAAGAAAGAGAGGAUGAACCUUAACAUUUAGCAAAAUAAUUUGAAUUGAUAUGUGAAACUUAAGAAAUAGUGAGACAAUAUGAAGUAAGGCAUAACUACGCUAGUGAAUUGGCUGAUGGGUGCAUUCAGAUAUCAAAUACAAUAAUAGGAAUGUUCUUUACAUAAUUGAUAUACGCACUAAUCUUAUUGAUUUUGUUUCUGUUGGCAACUAUCUGGUUCAUUCCAGUUGGAACUAAAGCAGGAUUCAUAGUAGGUUUAUUUUUUGGAUUUGUAUCAAUAACAAUAAUUGCUUGGACAGCAUACACAUUUGCAGGUCGAUCUAUAUGUAAGGUGAUAACAACUGCAAUUUAAAAUAAAUGGGAGCUAUAUGAUUUCAUGUAUACUGUAGGAUUUGGUGUGGUUCUGAUGUGCAUAGCAUCCAUCUAUUUCAUUUUCUUAAUAUUAUUCUUUUUAUUUAGAAGUUUGUAAGGAUUAAGCAAUGAUAACAAACCACAAGAUAAAUUACAGUUGAUGGGUGUUUGCUGCUGUGGCUAUGCUUUGGGAAUAAUAGUUUGCGCAUUUAUAUAUAGAGAAUCAACCAGCAUUUUGGGUAGAAGUAUAUUUAAUGCCAUUGAUGGAUUGGUGAAAUGCGAUAGAAACCUAAGUUUCAAUAACCCCUAUAUUUCAUCACCCACUAAAUUAUUAUAUGUGAUUUCAAAUAUAAUCAGUACAUAAGUAGUAAAUUUGUUGGACUCAGCUAUAUGCAUAGCAGUAUUAACAGUUGGAGGAUUUUUAAUAUUCUCUAAUUCUGAAGAAGUAGCGAAAGAAAAUAUUACUUGGAAAUCAUUGUUGGCUCCAACAUUGUACUUUUGUGUAAAUGUCUUUUGUGCAGUGAUAGUAUAGACAUUGAAGAGUAUGAUUUGGGAUAAUGAAGUAGUGAGAUUCACUAAAUUGAACAUCAGGCAAUAAGUGUUGAUUACUCAUUUAAUGACAUUAUUAAUCUUCUUUUUCAUGCCUAUGGUUACAAUCUUAAAGUAGUUUUCUUUAAAAGGAGUUGAAGCACCUGCAACAUUGGCUAAGGAAGACAUUACAAUUAGAAAGAUCACUUAUUGUUGUAUUUUGGGUCAAUUAAGCAAUUUAGUAUUAUUAACAAUAGGAGAAUGGAUGACAUCGCAUGGUUGCCAACCAGUUAGAAAUUUGGCAUUAUCAUCAUCUGAAAGAAUAUUAACACAAUCAUACAAUUAUGCAACAUUUCUUAGUGCUUCUGGUCAAAUAAUUAUUGUAUUAACCUUAGGAAUAAUAGCAACAGCUGCACACGCAUUAGCUGGAUACGCAGGCAUUUUAGCAGCUGCUGCUGGGUUCUUAAUCAAUGUAUUGAUAAUAGUUCCUCUUUAUUACAUUGGAUCUAUCUCUUAAGAUGGUGCUAAACUAUGUGUUGCAUCUCAUGUUACCUAAGUCGUAUCUGAGAGAUUUACCAAAAUGGCUUGGGCAGCUAGAAAUUAUAUGAUCUACCUAAAAGUCACAAAUGCUGGUUCAGCCAUUUUAUUAGCAUUAACCUUCCUUGGAGGAGCACUUUAUCUAUUUAAAGUCGACAAUAAUCCAUUGAUAGAUUUUAAUGGUAUUUUUGGAAUUCUCUUUGGAAUUGGAUUGGCAUUCCUUGUCAAGGGUAUGACUGUUGGUUCUGUGAUAUCAAUAUCUAGAAUAUUUGAUCUUAAUAUUUAUGAGAGUGGAAUUGCUGCAGAAAUAGCAAAGAGAAAUACUAUCACAUUAAAUAGAUAUUUUGAUAGUAAACAUUUACUGGCAAUCAUUUGGGUCUUCAUCAUUACAAUUACUGACACAAUACUAUUAUUUAUUUUUGCAUAUUUCUUUGGCAAAAGAGGAACGCCAGGAUUUCUUUUAGGACAUACAAUUAUUAUACUAUUUUUGAUGUGUUAUUCAAUUAUUAACGGAACUGUUAUGAAAUAAAGCCGUUAUUACAAUGAAGUUGAUGAUAAAUUAUCAAAAAGAGGAAAAAUUUAUUAAUCCUGUGUUUAAGGAGAUAUGCUAGCUACUGUUGUUGAAGAAAGCACAGCAAUUCCUCUUAUUGUUUACUUAUUAUAUAACACCAUUCUUGUUACGUGUGCCUAUCCAUUCUUUGGAGGUGAAGGAGAUUUGUUUGUGGAAAAAGCAACAGAAACUAAGUUUUUCUGA